AUGGCUUCCUACAAACUUCUUCCAGUAUCCCCCGAAUCCCCCGUACCAAAUGACGAUGAGGACCUGCCCCCACCGAAGCCAUCGAUGCUCACCCCCCGAAUCUGUCUCCUUGCCUGCAUACUAUGCACCGUAUUCAACUUGUUACUCUCUUUUCGCUUCGAGACGGCCAAGUCUAAUGCGUAUCCUGUUGUGACAUACAAAGAUAUACAAUCUCUCCGCCGUCCUUCGCAGUUCCUUCGCUUUGACGAGAUCAAACGCCCUUCGCCGCCUGUACACAAAGAAUUCAACAACUAUCCUAUACUUAUGACCCAGGUCGAUGCCGCCCAGAAGGAUAAGGUGUUCGAAGAUGAUGUGAAACGAUAUAUGACUCCGAUAGGGACUAUAUCACCAAGAGAUAGACGUGUACUUAUCACGGACACGAUAUCUACGGUGGUUCAGUUUAGAGCAAUAGACUACGGGAUGGAGCGAUGCGAGCUACGCCUUGCGUUGCCGUCCUUCGACUCCCCCCUACUCUCGGGAAACCAGACGAUGGCAUUAUCAGUCCAUCGGCUAAACGCAACGAUACCACUUGAUGUCUCCACUCUGUCGCACACCUCGAAACCUAUAAGGAUGACGAAAGUCGGGGACAUUCAUUUGAGCAGUAAACUUGGCGAAGUUUGGCAGCGGUCGUUCUCAUGCAAGACUGAAGAGGUGCUAUCCUUCGAACUAACGUGCUCACCGGAGACCACGACGAAGGGAUGUCACAUCGAGUGGUGGCAGAAUAUGAAGAAGCCUAACCCAGGCCUUUAUAUAAUUCAGCAUUCGACAGUUUGA